AUGCCCCCAAUCACCAGUGUCCCACUAGAGCUGAUAGCCCUGAUUCAAGAGAGCAUUCCAGACCCCAGACCCGAUGACUUAAUCACGGUCGGCCGGGUAUGCCGCGUGUUCCGCGACGCCUUCACGCGCAGCGAGCGGGGUCUGCUGGACUCAUGGCUCGAGAGCCAAUGUCCACGUCAACAAGAAUCAAGGGAGGAGGCAGAGCAAGGCUUCAAACUGCCACUUCUACACCCUCAAACAUGCGGAACAAUUCUUCUCGAUCUGCUGACGCUCGCGCAAUCCGGCGCCAUCAGUCCCGCGAAUCUGGAAUCUAUCCUGCGCCGAGCAUGGCCUCUUUUCCGCGACAUCUACCUCGAGGAAGCAUUAAUGCCUCUUGCGCUGAUGAUCGCGCGUCUCUACACGCACCACGACCAGGCGCAGAAAGCCCUGGACUUGCUAUGGGCCAUUUUCCACGCGGCCGAUCCUUUCACCUGGUCGGUUCCGCCGGGUGUGCGCGAAUUUGUCGCCGAGAUGCAGAGGGAGGGCCGGGAGUGGUAUGGCUCUUCCCGAGAACAGCAUUUGGAGCCACAGAAAUGGCAGCGCAGUGGCACGUAUCCGCUUGGCAAGGCGGGUCUGAAACUGAUGGUGGACACGGGUCUUCGUCCGGAGGUGCGGGGGGAGAAGCUAGACGUCGACUUGAUUGGCUUUUCGCACACGCUGAGAAGUGUGAGUAAACGGUAUACAUGGGCGAGGAGCAUCCUGGUGGAAGAGAAUGGCGCCGUGAGCAAGUGGGACACCAUCUGGCGUCCAGACGAGAAGCGGCUGCUGGAUGACGGGAUCUUGUUGCGGGAAGGGCGUAAACGUCGCGAUGGGAUGCUGGGGCAGGACAACGGGCUCCGGGCUCCUCAAGAUGCCAUUGCUGAACCUGAAAUUGGCCGGGGGGGUACCGACUUUUGCGAUCCCGUCGCGUGGCCAAAUGUGACGCCGCAGCCAGUUGCAGCGGUCAUGAAGAUCACACAUUGGGGCCUUCAAGAUUACCGGUUCGUGCCGUACGUCCCUGAGGCCGAGGUGCGAGAGUUUGGGCGGCAAAGGGCAGAGCUUUUAAGGAACACGUCGGAUAAUUGGGCUGUGCAUCAUUCCCAACGUCCUGGACCUGAGUUUGAGUCGCGGCUUGACGCCGAGCAGAUACUGGGCCACGGGUCUCUGACCGAAACAGGCCCCGAAGGCGACGGGAUCCGGUUCUAUCAGCGAUUCGCGAAGGACGAGAUACCAUGGGGGAUUGACGCAGGAAUUGGAAUGGCUGACCCUGAACUCGGCGCCAUAUGGAAGACUCUCACAAACUAUCAGGACACUGUCAAGGAUAUAAUAGCUUUGAGAAUGUAUCUAGCUGGGCCAUAA